AUGUUCUGGCUUGGACUUGUCUGUAUAUUCACUUUUUGUCAGGCAGAACAGAUCAAAAAAUUACCUGGAGCAAGCUCUAAGCUCAAGUUCGUAGAGUCUCAAAAUAAUCCAAAAAAGGACCCGAUAAUCUUCUGGUUUAAUGGCGGUCCGGGAUGUUCUUCACUGGAUGGACUUUUCAACGAAAUGGGACCGUACUUUGUAAAUCUCGACGGAAAAGGUCUCAGAGAAAAUCCUCAUUCUUGGACUGAGGUAGCCGCUCUUGGAAAUUGUAACUUCCUCCAGAUGGCUUCAAUGGUAUUCAUUGAGUCCCCUGUAGGGGUUGGAUACUCAUAUUCUACCGAUGGGAACAUCACCUCCGACGAUGACCGGACGUCGCUUGAAAAUUACGAAGCUAUCAAACUAUUCUUUACGGGAAUUGUGCUCGGAAAUGCUUGGCUGGCUGCUAACUUGUUCAUCGACACCUCAGUUCGUUUUGCCUACGCUCAUGGAGUCAUCGAUGAAGGAGCAUGGAAUGCUCUCGAGAAAGAGUGCUGCGGAGGUUGCAUCGAUUCUUGCGAACUAAGUCAGAAAAUUCUGGGUACCGGAAAAGUCUAA